AGUGACAGGGAAUGUCAGUCCGCAGGCGGCGGCAUAUACACCCGUUACCUCACAACGGCUGCCCGGGGCACAGAGCUCCAUCUCCUGCCCGGCAGCGGCAGCGGCAGCCGCACACUGCGCCCACAGAGACACUGUCAUCCUGUCAGAUGGUCUAACCUGCGAGCCUUCGCAUCCGUGUUCCCGUCCUCUUUGGCUUGUUGACCCACGGAUCUGCUCUGGAAUACAAUAUGUAGCGGAGGGAUAUUUCUAAUCCGCAUCUACUCAUUUAUUUUCCGAGACGAAGGAUUGUUCAUGCGCUGUGCCCGCGCAGAGUUCAUGAGGUUCUUGGCUUGCAAUUCUUCACCAUGAGCAGCAGCAUAGGAAAAGAUAAGGACCACAAGGAUAAAGAUCCCAGAGGGCCCACCACGGUGAAGGACCGUGAAAAGGAGGCAAAGGCCUCGGGGGGUCCUGUGAAGGACGGCAAAGACAAGGACCUGAAGACCAAAGUGAAAGAUGCCAAGGAAGGGAAGAAAGACGCAAGUGCCGCGCAGCCCGGGGUGGCUUUUUCCGUGGACAACACAAUAAAACGUCCGAACCCAGCGGCGGGAAUGCGUAAAAAGGCCAGCAACGCCGAGGUGAUUAAGGAACUGAACAAAUGUCGGGAAGAGAAUUCCACGCGCCUGGAUUUGGCCAAAAAGUCCAUUCACCAACUUCCAGUUUCUAUCAAAGAGCUGACGCAACUAACGGAACUUUAUUUAUAUGGUAACAAGCUGCCGUCGCUGCCAGCGGAGGUGGGCAGCCUGGUGAACUUGGUGACGUUGGCUCUUAGCGAGAACUCUUUAACCAGCCUGCCGGACUCUCUGGACAGCUUGAAGAAGCUGCGUAUGCUGGACUUGCGGCAUAAUAAGCUACGAGAGAUACCCGCCGUGGUGUACAGGCUGAGCUCUCUCACCACGCUCUUUCUACGCUUUAAUCGUCUCACUACUGUGGAGAAGGACAUCAGAACCUUGACAAAGCUGACGAUGCUGAGUAUCCGGGAGAACAAGAUCAAACAGCUGCCGGCAGAGAUUGGGGAACUGUGCAACCUAAUCACGCUGGACGUCGCACACAAUCAGCUGGAGCAUCUUCCGAAAGAGAUUGGCAACUGCACCCAGAUCACCAACCUGGAUCUGCAGCACAACGAGCUCCUGGACCUGCCUGAUACAAUAGGAAACCUUUCCAGUCUGAAUCGCUUGGGACUACGGUACAACAGGCUAUCCGCAAUCCCCCGCUCCCUGGCGAAAUGCUGUGAGCUGGACGAGCUAAACCUGGAGAAUAACAAUAUAUCCACUUUACCGGAGGGUCUCCUGUCCAGCCUAGUGAAAGUGACCAGUUUGACCCUGGCCCGGAACUGUUUCCAGUCCUACCCUGUGGGCGGACCCUCCCAGUUCUCCACCAUCUACUCUCUCAACAUGGAGCAUAAUCGUAUUAAUAAAAUACCGUUUGGCAUUUUCUCCAGAGCUAAAGUACUAAGUAAGCUGAAUAUGAAGGACAAUCAGCUGACUUCUCUACCCCUGGACUUUGGGACAUGGACUAGUAUGGUAGAGUUGAACCUGGCCACCAAUCAGUUGACAAAAAUCCCAGAGGACGUGUCUGAUUUAGUGUCCAUUGAGGUCUUAAUCCUGUCAAACAAUCUCUUAAAGAAGCUUCCUCAUGGUAUCGGUAAUCUGCGCAAAUUGAGGGAGUUGGAUCUGGAAGAAAACAAGCUGGAAUCGCUGCCAAACGAGAUAGCUUACCUGAAAGACCUGCAGAAAUUGGUGCUGACGAAUAACCAGCUGACGACCUUGCCCAGAGGAAUCGGCCACCUGACAAACUUAACGCACCUGGGUCUAGGAGAGAACCUCCUCACACACCUUCCAGAGGAAAUAGGUACACUGGAGAACUUAGAGGAGCUGUAUCUGAAUGAUAACCCCAACUUACACGGCCUGCCCUUCGAGCUGGCUCUGUGCAGCAAAUUGUCCAUAAUGAGCAUCGAGAACUGUCCUCUCAGCCACCUCCCACCGCAGAUUGUAGCCGGGGGGCCUUCCUUCAUUAUUCAGUUCCUCAAAAUGCAAGGUCCUUACCGUGCCAUGGUCUAAUGCAAGCCUGAUGUCCCAUACACUGUACAAACUGCAUUCAUGUCGUGUUAAUGUAUAUAUCUAGAACAAGGACGUGGAAAUAACAUAUAUAUAUAUAUAUAUAUAUAUAUAUAUAUAUAUAUAUAUAUAUAUAUAUAUAUAUAUAUAUAUUUAUGUUAUUUCCACACACACACGUUUCUUGAUACUGCAUAUUAUGUGUUUUUGCUAAUAGAGGAAUCAUAGCCAUUUAGAUUUUUUUUUUAUUAUUACGUAAAAAUUAUCAAUUGCUUGUUGGAACUGUUUCUUUGCUGAUUUUGGUGUACUUUUUGUUUUUAUUGUCAUUUUUUUUCUUUUCUUUUUUUUUUUUGUCAUUGUAAUCUCUAUUGCCAGCACGGUUCUAAUCGGUUGCCAACAUUAUCUGGUAGCGAUCACAGUUGACAGAAUCCUGUUACUGUGCUUUUUUUAUGCCCAUUUUGUUAUGUGGUGCGAAAACAAUAUGGCUCCGUGUGCGUCCAGAUUCCAUGCACCCCCCCUUCCCCAACACGUCACACUGAUCUGUAACAGCCAGGGUCAUGAUCUCGUCUUUAACUUAUUAUAUAAAUGUCUCUUUUCUAUUUCUUUCUUUUUUAUAUUGUUUACAGUCAGGGUGAAUCACUGUAUUGUUUGACCAUGAUUUGCUCUGUUAUUACUGCGUGGAGGUUUAAUGCUUACAGUGCAAUCGAUGCAAUCCGUCAGUCUGUCUGUGGUUUUCCUUGUAUUGUAUUUAAUUGUCAAAUGGAAGUGACACGAUCCGGACAAGAGGCUGACGACUCUUCCACCUCUAACCAAAUGAUCCCCCGAUACGCAGUGGUCGGGAAUGACCUCUUACCACUCAUACAACAUAUCAAAUAACAGGACAUUAUUGUAUGACUGCACCUAUUUCUAUUUGUGUACAUGGAUAUACCUAUGGUUAAUGUCCAGUUGUCUGGAGGGGGCGCUGGCGACCGUUCUGUAUUUAGCAAUAGAUGAACUUUGGCAUUACGUCGGUUUUGCGGUUUUAUGCCCCUUUCUAGGUCCCAGAGCUCUGUCAGACCAAAACCGUAUUGGUCUAUAAACUCCAGCCAACUGUAGAUUUGCAUGGGUUGGGGUCCCUUUACGCUUUUUACUCGGGAGGGAGUUUUUAAUUUUCAGGCACGCAGUAUGUAUUGGUAUGAGGCAAUGUGUUACCGUUUAAUUUCCUUUCUUUUGUUGUCUAGGCUAGAUAACUGGUAUCCGUCAUCACUUGGCUACGUGGCUGGUGACCAUUACAAUGUAGCUGCAUGGCAGCUAGUUGCUGCCGCUGAGUGACUAGUGUCCGUCGUGGCCGGGUGACUAGUGUCUGUUGUGACCGGAUGGUCAGAUGAUUAGUGUCCAUCACGGCCUGAUAUUAUAGGUAGUCGCAGCUGGUCUCGUCGGAACGUGUUUCACAUUGCACAGCCAGCCUCUUCCACCCAAUCCCUUUUAAACACGUGUUAUGCUCAUGUGUGUAAGGAGGUUUAGAUCAGUCACAUGUCCUGUUUGUACCGAUAAGUCUUGUAGGAUGGGCAGUCUAGACAUGUGCCUAUCUCAUCUUCUCUUUCUGCAUCCUCUAACUAGCCCAUGAGCUCAUAGGAAAGGGGCACAACCUAAUACGGCAAAAAAGGUGUAGCCUAAAUGGUGGAACUGGCAGCUACAGUCCCACGCCUUCAGCACCAGCCUUUCCGCAGCCCAGUUUGGUAAUCGGAAAUGAGGAACUGGCUGUGUACCGGUUUGUAUAUAGCGCCGCCUUAGGAGGGUGGCGAUUCCCUAAUGUUAUUUUUGAUUUAACCGUUAAGUCCGUAACUUGUUUCCACCCCAAAAUGUUCAUUUCACACACGCCAGGCCGCAAGAAUCUGGGUUGCAGCUUUUGCCACCGUGCUUCGUGGCACCUGUCCGUUGUUAUCUGUGGUUCGUUGGGUGAUGCGGUUUUAUGUUACAGGAUUGUUUACCCGCUCAGUAGGUGAGAUUUUACCGGCCAGCUUGCAGUCGUGUAUUGUAGCUGCUGUGGGAGUUAAUUUCUGUGUACAGUCUUUUGAGAUCCGCCGUACGCCGUUGGCUUCACUCUGUAAUACAGAUUUACUGCAUCUGCUGUGGGUUUUGGUUGCCAAGUUUUAGGACUUGAAGUGGAAGCCACCAUCAGCACUUCUAUGCAAAAGAAAUAAAAUGAUUUCAUAGAAAUGAUUUUGGCACGAACGUUAGUCGGAGCGAUUCAGGGAGUAGGUGAAGCCCGUGAAGGGGAAUUGUGAAAAGCAAAUUAUGUGGAUGGUUUUGUUGUUUUUCUUUAACACCAGUUUAACCCUCAUUUCUUAUUAGGACCCAUUAAAUAUUGAAAACAUUUGUAAGCAUGAGGCUAAGUGCUCAUUAGCAGUGGAGAGAGGUUUUACAUGCAUUUAUCAGUGUUCAGUGGUCCACGGCCUCAUCCGAUAUGAACACGUGGUUCAAGUUUUACAGUGUGACCGCUCCUAUCCUGUAUCCCUGUUACCGGGAUGGGCCGACCUGCUAUUUUGUCAUUGGCCAGGGUCAUGUGAUGUCACACAGAUUGUAGCGCUGUUUGGAUUAAUUACUUAUACUUUUCCCACUCGGCGUAUAACCUGCGUCCUAUAACUUUUUUUUCCUUUUGCCAAAAUAUGCCUGCCUUCUCCUGUGUGAGUAUGUGUUAGUACAGUUAUGUUUCCUUGCACACUGUACCCAAUAUGUGCCAUAUCCUUUCUUAUGCCAAACACAGUCUGUACCUGCCACAGCCCGGCUCAAAGUAUUUACACCCUUAGCCAGUGGCCUGCCAGCCUCAUAGUCGGGGAAUAAAGGCGGUAUUCUGUCUGGUCUGCUUAUCUAUAGCAACACCCUACCUGAAGUAUUCGGUCACCCUUCCUGGAGCGCCCCAUCUGAUAUGAAGUAACCUCUUUAUUUCACAUAAGUACCCAAGUUUGGCAAUAGUACAAUGUUAUCCUGCUUUUUUUCCCCCACUGAAAUGAUUAGUACUGCUCAAUGUGUGCUCUGCUGUUUUUAUUUCUCCUGUUUUACAAUCAUCCGUAGAAACCAACGCGUUUUAACUUUCACAUAACACAACACCCAGACUGUAGAGUUCUGUGACCAUUUUUCUGUAACAGGUGCCUCGGCUUGUCCCAUACUCUUGUAAGUUUUAGGUUUCAUCUGCUUUUUAAAAAUAAAAAUAGUGUACGCAUGACUUUCACACAGUCCAUAUGCUGCCUGUCCAUUCACCAGGAGGCGAAACGCGUCUCUUGCCUUGAUGAUGGCACUAGUGAAUGGACAGUAUGCAUUCAAAAUAAUCCUGCAAUGGCCGCCUCUGUGUGUAGGCGACCAGUAUACUUAUGUAACUUCGGCCAACCUACACAGUCUAUGCCCACUGUUAAUUCAGCAGUGCUAAAUUGCAUGUAGCAGCUGGUGAAUUUUAUUGUCCUUGCAAGUCCUGGAUAUGUAUGAUUGGGGGGUUGGGAAGGGGUGUGGGGGGGGGGUACACUACCAUGUAAAUUUUGUACAUUGAGCUUACACUGAUUUAUAGAACUAUCUGCUCUAUUCUCUCUAUCCCUUUACCAGUUUCCUCUCAGACCACGAGCUCAUUACAUUACUGUUACAAUAGCACGGCUUCCUUGCUGCUUAUUAAUGUGUACAUGUCUCAUCCAGUGGGGUCGUACGUCCCCAGAACUUCAGUCCAACUCUAAGGUCAGACCAUAAACAUUUCACAGAAGUCUCGUCAAGUUGCCAAUACACAUUGUAAGGCUAUCCCUGGUCACUGACUAGUAAAGGAAAAUCAAUUUUCUUUUUUAAAUCCUUGUUUUUAACUUGUUACUCACAGAAAGCGACUUGACGUUGGGCAAAACGUUACCCUGUGGAUACCACAGACCCAGCCAUCCUGUGACUAAAACAUUAGAUACACUCCUUUCGUUUAUAAGGUAACCCGUAGCCAUAAGUUAUCUACACCGUUGCCAAAAUACACAUGGUGUCAUAUCAUCCGUUCCUCUGAAGGCAGGUGCGAUCCUUGCAGUGGCUUUCUGCUGUGUCUUUUGUAGACAUGCGUUAUGGCUUCCUGGUUUUUGGUGUAAAAAUUGCUCCCAUCGCCAGCCGUGUCUCAAAUACCCCAGAAAUUCCUGGAACUGGUACAUACAUCAGGGGUUGCUCAUGAUCAGAAGUAUGAGUGAAUGGCAGCAUAUCUUUUUCCAACUUUUCUCUUGUGUAAGCCAGUUUCAACCAGGAUCAUUGCUACCUACGGCUGCAGUAUCGUGAGUGUGGUCAACUAAAACCCAAAACAAUUAAAUAACGAUCACCAUUAGUUUUAGCCUGUCCUACUUCUGGGCCAUUGGCGUAACGCAGCGUUGCUUAGUUUGAUAAGAUACCCUCACCAUUACAAUGAGAUCUUACCGCCCAUGAUGAAUGAUUUGUAAGAAGUAUUUUAAUUUUCCCUUUGGCAAUGUGAGGGGCGACAGUGUUAUUUUGCCCCUCUGUGGCUUUGACGCGGGCACUGCAUGUGGUUUUUACUCCUUUGCUAAAUACGCGGAGAUGCCUGCCAGCUUGGGCGUAAUGUUUUUUAAGAAAAAAAAAAAAAAAAUAGACCACACGGGAAUGACAGCAUUUGGUGGCUCUGGGUGCGGCCUUUGUCACUGGGCCACGGAAUUUGGCAACAGAAAGUGCUUCUCCCGGCUCGGUCACUGGGAUAUUACAUGUAUUCUGUGGUAACACGCGAGGCACAGACCCCGGGGAGUGACCUAGGACUUCUCCCUCUCUUCUAGGGGCAGACGUUUGCACUUUUUUCGGUUUGCCUCCCUCUUAAUCAUUGUAAAUAUAAAUGUCGGCAAGUAUCAAAUUAAACAAAUGUUCAAACUG